AUGCUGAAAGGUGACAUCCAAGAGGUCAAGAUCGACCAAAAUGGCGAUGAAGUCAAAGAAGAUGAAGAUGGCAAAAUCACCGAACAAGCAAGAAACAUGAAGACGCUGAAUCAGUACCAGCAAGACAUCCUUAGACUCCAGAACGAGAAGGAGCAGCUGCUCAGGCAAGCCGCUACCUAUAACAGAGCUGAAUAG